GCCAUAAGCAAAAGUAGAUUCGGCUAAUAAUAAUAAGCUAAUACAAACUCGAAGACUUAUUAGACUCGAUUAUGUGAAGCUAUUUUAGAAUAGCUCUCUCGGUUUUAAGGGCUCAUGUCUAACCAUAGCAAACCCCAUAUUUCAUCCAUCACAAACUCAAAACCCACAUUUGAAACUAAAUCAACGAAAGACAAGGUAACCACAAGCAAUAGCAGUGUUUAUGGUCUUUUAAAGUUCAUUUUCCACUUUGUUCGGUUUAAAAAAUUCUGAAACUUGAACCGUAAUUCUGAGUGUUUUCUUGUGGUUCUAAGUCCCACACCACAGUUCUAAAUGAAAUUUUCACGACCAUAAAUCAAAUAUCAAAUCGACUAAAUCAAAAUUCCUAAUCAUCAACACUAAAUUUAAAUCAAACCAUAGUUGAGAUCAGUAGCCAUUCUAUUCUUGUUCUCAAACCUGCAAAAAACGGAAGUUAAUUUAGAGUCGACCAAGCAAACGAGAUAAUCCAAAAAUGAAAAUAACUCAUCAGGUCUGGUCUGCCUCCUCCACAUCAGCCGCCGGCGACAUCGCCAGUGUUCGCCGGCGGUGACCUCACUUUCUCCUAUGCUCGCCCUUCCCUUUCUCUUUUCCUAGCAGAAAAAGAGAAGAGAAAAAUAGAAACCCAAAAAAUACAAUCAGAAAUCGAAACAACCAAAUCAAACCCUCAAACCCGACAUGCAAGCCCCAAAUCUCCACCUACCAUCGAUGAGGAGGUUGCCGCAGCUCCUCUGCCGCAUUUUUCUCUGGGUUUCCCCUAAUUCCCAAAAAUAUGAAAAACAAACAGAACCCAAAUGAUCAAAUUGAACCCCAAACUCGAGUUGCAAGCCAGAAAGUCAUCUCUCACCUCGUCGCCGUCUUCAUUAGCGCCAACUGUCGUCACUCUCAACUUCGCUACCGCCUUCUGCUCCUUUUUCUUCUUUCUCCUCGUCGAUACCAGAAAGGGAAGAGAGGUCAGAACCCCCAAAGUUCCAUAAAACCCAAAAAUCAAAACAUGCAAGCCUCAAAUUUUGACUUACCGUCGAUUUGAGGGUUGUGCGGAGCAUCAUCGUUUUUUUUUCUUCUUCUUUUUCUGGACCCUGCUCGGUUUCUAGAAAUAACACGAGGGAGGAGACGAGAGGUAGAGACAUUUUCUUUCCUUUCUUCGCUUUUUUUCCCUUGGCAGAAGAUCGAGAGAAGAGAUGAAGGAGAUCAGAUGUAUUUCCUCUACUUUCGUCGUUUUUGUUUUUUGGGUUUCAGGUAGAGACGAGAGAAGACGAGUUGGAAGUGAGGACUGGGGCGGCUAGGGUUAGGUUUCUGUAAAAAAAAAAAAACGGGUUCACUACCCGGGCUCUUGAAUUGACCAAAAUGCGAGACUAAAAAAUGUGACAUUAUUGAGUUUCGAACUUUUGACCUAUCAGUCAAAAUAUUCACCAAGGCACUCUCAUAUAACCAAUAGCCUGAACGCCUACCAAUUGCUUCAAGAAUAAACUGUUUUGUUUUUAAUCUCAAACUACCUUAAUACGUAAAUCGAAUCUAAUGUUAUACGAUCCUCCGCUAGGUUAAUACCAAGAACCUAUCUAACUCCCAUUGGAAUUAUCAAAUUUUGAAAGUCAUCUUUGCUCGUUUACAUAUUUUCCCCUAAGAGUCUUUAAUACGAAACUAGGGUCAAUAGACCGUGGUUUCUUUAGUCGAACUCUUUAACAAUUGUCAAUAAAUCGGUUGUUAAAGCAAAAAUAUCAAAACUCUUUUCCAAAAGUACUCAAUCUCAAACAUUAACACAAUCAAUAGAAUGUGCUAAAUUUCAUAUUUCAAAACGUUUCAAUUUUAAACGAACUACGUGGACUUUGAUCCCGACUACUCGGGUACGUAGGCAACCAAUAGGUUCGAGUCCAACUAAUUUAAAAACUUUUUCUUUACAUUCGAGAUUUACGUCAAUAGAUGUAUGAUCGAAUUGUAAUACUAAACACCUAAUUAACUUAAUCAUAAAAUUAAAUGCAUCAAUAAAGCCGCAAAUAAUGAAACACCCAACCUUUAAAAAAACUUAUCGAUUUAAGUAGUACCCAUCUGGGGCGUUGUGGGGUGUGAAUACACUUCCCCACACGUAACCGUACUCCUGAACUCAAAUUACUAAAUUUCGCAGACCAAAUUUCGGUUUCGACGCUAAGGUCGAGACCGGUCCAAUUAGUGUUCGACCCACUACGAAUAAGGUCGAUGGCGACUCCGAGCGGUUCGCGACGGGUAUCCCGAUCUCGAGGGGCGGUUGCGACAGAUACGACAAAAAAAAUACCGUAAAUUAAUCAAUAUCAAUAAAAAAAUAGUUCAGAAACUAACAACAAUUCAUUGAUAUAAUAAGAAAAUAUUUGGGUUUAAAUUAUACUUGCAACCAACAACACCCCAAUACUGUUAUUUUUUUAUUGUAGCCAACAGGGAUUAAGGUGGUUUCAACUUUCAAUGACUCAUCUUGGCAAGAGGUGAUUCCAUCACUGCUGAUACGAUCAUAUCAGAGAGUGAGAUAUAUAUAAAAUUCAUAUUUAAAUGUGGUAAUACAUAGUUUUAUAGCACUGAAUUAUCUACGUUAACCCGAGCCGAAAACUUGUCCUUUAGUUUUUGUGUACAAAAACAGAGAAGUCAUGGAAUUCCAGCUGAAGCAAGAACUUGGUCACUUUUGUUCUGUUUUUCCCAUCCAAAGCAAAGCGCCAAGCGGCCUCAGAUGUUGAGUAGCGGAAACAAACAAGAACGACGAGCACGCCUAAAUUGGCUUAUCUGUUGAUCUUAUCGCGACCAGAAAGGAGAAGCUAGUCUGUCUAUCUAGCUAGCUGUAUAUUUGGUAUAGCAGAAUGCCAAAUCACGUUACGGUAUCGGCGGUUACGUAUCUGCGGCAAUUUUAUACCGCAAAAUAGUGGGAAUUUUUCAAAAGUAGCACUGUUGUAAUUUUUUUUCUUCCAAAAGUAGCAAAAUAGUGAGCAAAAAAGACGGCAAAGGAAAAAUGAAAGGUACGUUGGGGUGGGUCUAUGUGGCUGGGUAAUUAAUUAGCCUAAUCUCGUAUUAUAGGUAAUGACGACAAAGAUUGAUUAAUUAGUUAUUGUUCAGAUGCAUUUUAAGGUGGUACUCGUCCUCAAUCAGGGCUGAGGGGGAGAGUCUUAUGCGGGGCAACUAGUUUUAUGGUGAAUGACUGGUUAGGUGUAGAAAUGGCGAUAGAGUGUAUUAUCUCAAUAUUCAUAUUUGUGUCUCGGCGGAUUGAAUUGGGUAUGCAGGGACGGAGAGCUACCUUGUGCCCCAGGGGGGAGGGUAGCGCCCCCGAGAAUUUUGGAGAUCACGUGUAAAAAUAUCGGGAAUUUUGAAAAUUCUAAAGAAGUUAACUAUUGUAGAAUAACAAUACCGUGCAAAAAUGUAUAACUAUGUCUGGUUCUAGUCUAACGAAAUGCAACAGCUGCUUGUGAAUACGCAAUACCAUGGUUCCAUCCCUGGCAACAAAAUUUUUCUUUUAAUUUUCCUAAUUUGGUUAAGUUUUUGUUUAAAAUUUAGACUGCUCACUUAACUUUUGUACUUAUUCAAAUAUUUUUUAAUUUCAAAGUUCAAACUAAAUUUAAAAUUUAGACUGAUCACUUAACUUUUGUACUUAUUCAAAUAUUUUUUAAUUUCAAAGUUCAAAUUAAAUAAUGAAAUUUUGGAGCUUAUAAUAUUUUUCUAAUUUAGAUAAUUAAAUUUCGGAGUCUAGAUAAUUAAAUUUUGAAGCUUAUGACUCACAAUGUAAAUAUUUUCUUAAUUUUUUUUACGGAUACUAUACAAAAAAGUCCGCCCCCGACCACCGGAUCCUAGCUCCGCCCCUGUGGGUAUGUAUGUUAAUUGAAAAUACUUGAAAUGUUAGUUUUUUCUAUUGAAAAUGGAGAAACAAACUAUAGAAUCAUUGAUAAUAGAUGAAUUAUUCGAGAAAUCGUGAUUUCUUACCUAUUUACUAUUUUAUUAUGGGUAAAAUAUGAUGUAAUUAAACUAAAAUUAUAAGUAGUUUGUGUAAAAUUGAAUAUACUUUAGACAUACAACGGUUCAAGAAUGAGGUGGGUCAACACAUAUCAAAUCGGAAAGUUAAAAUAUUUACGCUCGUUUCAUCAUCUCAAAAUAAGACAACCAAGUCACAGAUAAGACUGGUCAUGUUGAAAUUGUCAUAUCUAACCGAGUGAAUCGCUUGAUUGUCAUAAUUUAUUGACUUUCCUUGACCAUUCUUUUUUCUCUUAAUUUGUUCUUCGUUACAAUCGAAAAUCUGUUACAAGAGUGUUGUUAGAACGGUGGCGAAAGAAGCAAAUGAACUUCGCCUCUGAGAUUCGAACUAGAGAGUUUCAUAUUGAAAAUCAGCGACACGACCUCUCCACCACAACCCCAUUCGUCAGAAGUUCAAAUAAGCUAUGUUAUCUUAAAUAUCAAUAAUUACAUCUAUUAAAAAUUUGGUAUUAUAUGGAAAUCGCGCACAUAGUCAAUUUUGAAACGGGAGAGCAAUAGAUGUAGGGGUGGCAACGAAAUGAAAGAAAACUACAGGACUUGUCUGGUAAUUAGCCCAAAAUGAACCAAGACGUGAUUCGGGCUGUAAAUUCAAAAUUGGCUCACACAAAAAAGCCCACGUCAGAAGGACGUGUCGUGAUGUCCAGACCCACCAACACACGUGGCUCCUCCUAUAUAUGCUAAAUAGUAAAUAACCAGGUGGGGGCAAAUACGUCAUUCCAGAUAACUGGGGAUCUCUCUAUAUAAGAACCCGCUCUCUCUCACUCCCACAGAUAGAUAGAACUCGUCACCGCCAUUGCAGAGAGCGUAAAAGCAAGCACUGAGAUUUCCAAAAUCAGUCUGAAAUCUGAAUCAAUAAACGAACCCACAAUCCGCAACCUCUGUCUCUUUUCCCCCCUUUUAUCUUAUCCUCCAUUUUCGUCAAACAAUGGGUCAGGUGAACGGAGACACGCCGUCGACGAUCCUGGGCGAUUUCCUCGACAAGUGCGGCGGCUGCGCUGUCGUGGACGGCGGCUUCGCCACCGAACUCGAGCGCUACGGUGCCGACCUCAACGAUCCACUCUGGAGCGCCAAAUGCCUCAUCAGUUCCCCUCAGCUCGUCAGAAGGGUUCACUUGGAUUAUCUUGAUGCUGGAGCUAAUAUAAUCCUGACAGCAUCUUACCAGGCUACCAUCCAAGGGUUUGAAUCAAAAGGCAUGUCAAGGGAGGAAGCUGAGCAUCUCUUGAAGAGGAGUGUGGAGAUCGCCUGUGAGGCCAGGGAGAUUUAUGCUGACAAAUCUCGUAAAAGCUCUUGGGAGUUUGUUGAAAGUGGGCAAGCCUCCAGGCGCCCUGUUCUGAUUGCAGCUUCCAUUGGCAGCUAUGGAGCUUAUUUGGCUGAUGGCUCUGAGUACAGUGGGAACUAUGGUGAAGCAAUGACCCUGAAAGCAUUGAAAGACUUCCACAGGAGAAGGCUGCAGAUUCUGGCAAACUCUGGUGCUGACUUGCUUGCCUUGGAGACGAUCCCUAACAAACUUGAAGCCCAGGCGUAUGCAGAGCUUCUUGAAGAGGAAGCCAUGAUGAACACACCAGCGUGGUUCUCUUUCUCUUCCAAAGACGGAGUCAAUGUGGUGAGUGGGGAUUCCAUAAGCGAGUGUGCUUCCAUUGCAGAUUCCUGCAAGCAAGUUGUUGCUGUUGGUAUCAACUGCACACCUCCUAGGUUCAUCCAUGACCUCAUCGUCUCUAUCCGCAAGGUAACCAACAAGCCGAUAAUUAUAUAUCCGAACAGCGGGGAGACUUAUGAUCCUGAGCAGAAGCAGUGGGUGAAAUCGAGCGGGGUUUCGGAUGAGGACUUCGUGUCCUACGUGGGGAAGUGGAGAGAAGCGGGGGCUUCACUGUUUGGUGGCUGUUGCAGAACUACUCCUAACACCAUCAGGGGAAUCUGCAGAGUUCUUUCCGAAGACCGAUCAAAGUGAAAGGGUUUGGCUAGCUGGGAGUUUACUGAAGAGGAGGAAAAUAUUGCUUAAUAAGCUUCUCUCUUCUUUUGCCUCUUUGUCGAUGUCUGUAACUGUAAGCCCCUCGAUGUACUUAGAAAUGCAGCUUUAUUGCUGGUUAAGUUGUAUGAUUCAAAUGGCAAUGGUGAAGUAAAAUGUUUUUUUCUGAAUUAAGAUGGGAAUUUGCCCAAGCAACCUUUUGACACACACAUCAUUUGCAUAAACCGCUAAUCAAAUGGUACCGUACUUGCAGUUCAAUGGAAAAUAUCUUUGUGUUUUUUGUUGGCAUGAUAUAGUUGGACAAAGAUUAAAUGAAAAUUUUAAUA